AUGAGCCCGCACUGGUCCGGACUGGAGCUCCCAGUCCACGGCGGCUUCGGGGCUGGCGGCACCUGCCCGGCGCUGGCCAUGGGGCGAGUGGCGGCAGCUGGGGCCGUACUGGUGGCACUGGUGGKGCUGGGAGCGGCCCCGGCUGCGGGCGAGGAGCUCUCGGGGGUCUUCCAGGAGAUGAUGACGGCCGAGUGUCACUUCACAAACGGCACGGAGAAGGUCAAGUUCGUGGAGAAGCGCAUCUACAACCGGGUGGAGUACGCGAGGUUUGACAGCGAUGUGGGGCACUACGUGGGGUUCACCCCCGAUGGGGAGAAACAGGCCCAGUACUGGAACAGCCACACAGAAUGGAUGGAGGAAACACGGGUUCAGGUGGACACGUACUGUCGGUACAACUACGACUUGCAAGACUGGUACUUCGCGGAUCGCAAAGGUGAGCGCGGGGCCGAGCGCGUCCCCUCGGGCCCUGCCCGGCCAAUGACCCCGGAGCCCCUCCAAACCUCCCUGGGAAUCGCCGCAGAGCCCGCAGCCCCCCUUGUGGCCAUUGUCCAUCCCCAGUGA